CCUUAAUGCGGCGGCACUCUCCCAUUUCACAGGGCUCUCUGCCUCUCUCGUCCGCAUUUCGGCGCCGUCGUGUCGCUCCAAAUGCAGACUCAAAACCCCUUUCUUUCUAAAACCCUAAACCCUUCUCUCGCCAUCUUCCAAUUCCCAAUCCCUCUUCGUAAAACCCUAAUCCCAAUUCGCGUUUCUCCCCAAAACCCUCAACCCAUCCACAUUCAAUGCCUCUCUCAGAAUCCAAACCCUUCAUUUGCCCGCCAAAACCUCCCCCGGCGGCGAGACGUCCGCUCCUCCGCCGGCCGGAGCAAGAAGAGUCCCGACGGGCCCUCCCCCGGACGAAUCGAGGGAAACGCCCAGGUCCGCCGUGAGGCCAAGCGCAACGCGAGGAAGCGAAGCCGGAGGCUGGCAGAGAACCUCUUCUACCGGCUGAAGAAUCCGCACAAGAACUACCCCGACAAUUUCUCCGAAGAAGAGCUUCAAAUGAUCGGCCUCGGCUACGACCGGAUGGUCAGGUUCAUGGAAAAGGACGACCCCAAUCUCCGCCACCCUUACGACUGGUUCAAGUACGGCGAAUUCGGGCCCUACUCGUGGCGUGGCGUCGUUCUGGGCGAGCCGAUUCGCGGCCGAUUGACGGACGAGUGCGUGACCAUGAUCGGCGAGGUUCGGGACCACGAGGAGUGGGAAAGGAUCGAGCAGUUCGAAAUGGCUCAGGAUUUUGGCAAGAGAUUGAAUUCAUUGGAUAAAAGCGUGGGAUUGAAAUACUUUUGGGUGUUCGUUAGGCAUCCAAAGUGGAGAGUUUCAGAUUUGCCAUGGCAGCAAUGGACCCUGGUUUGUGAAGUGGUGCUUGAAGCUGGGAACCAGAGAUUGGACAAGUGGAAUUUGAUGGGAAGGCUUGGGAACAAGGCAAGGGCUUUGAUCACGCAGUGCGCCGCUUGGAUGAGGCCGGAUGUGAUAUACGUGAAGAGGCCGGUGUAUCAGUGUAGGUUUGAGCCUCAAGAUGAGUUCUUUCGGGCUCUGACGCCGCUGCUCGAUCCGGAGACAGAGCAGGAUUUUCUGUUUGAGUUGGAGUUGGAGGGCUAUGGUAAUGGUGGGAGGGUUGAGCUGUGUACUUAUUUUGGUGGGUUGUGUAAGAUUGUAAAGGUGAAUCCCAAGGCCUUUGUUGAUGAUGUUGUGAAGGGUUUUGAGAAGUUGAAUGAUGAGGGGAAGUCCAAGUGUUUGGAGUUUUUGCUGGUGAAUCACCCUGUUCCACUGUUGCAUCCUUAUACCAAGGAGUGGAAGGCUAAGUUGGAGGAGAUGGAGUUGGGUUGUGAUGCCCCAGAUGAUGAUGACGAUGAUUAUCGUGGUGCCAAUGGCAGAGAGACAGGUGUCGUGGAUUGGAUGGAAGAUGACGGGGAAGAUGACAUUGUCGUGGACAUGGACAUGGAAGCAGAUGGAGAUGGCAAAUUGGGUAUGAAGGAUGACAUUGUCGUGGACAUGGACAUGGAAGCAGAUGGAGAUGGCACAUUGGGUAUGAAAGAUGCGGAAGAAGAGGAAGGCAAUGAAAACUAUUGGAAUGAAGAGUUUGGAAAGGCAUUGAGUAGCAAUGAAGCAAUGGAGGGUAUUGCCAAACGAAGUGUGGAGAUGUCUACCAAGAUGUACAAGAAGCAACUGAGAACCAUGGAAGAGAAUGGAGAAAGCCCAGCCUCUGAAGAUGGGGAUGAAUUGGCAAUCAGGGGUAAUAGAGCAAAGGUGAGCCCAAAGGAGUGGAAAGUAGUUGGGUAUGGCCCAUUCAGGAAGAGGAUUAAGAAGAGUAGAAUCCCCCCCGAACUGUUCUUGCGAGCAGCUGUGAGGCCAUUUACCUACAGAAAUCUUGUGAAGGAGAUUGUUUUGACGAGGCAUGCAAUAUUGGAAGGUGAGAUUGGUGGGAAGAAAUGAAGCUGCUGUGUUGCUGACUGUUGUUGCCUUGUCAUUGUAUUGUAUUCUUCCUAUUACAUUUCUACUUUAAUCAUCGGUCUUAAAGAAUUUAUAUCAUGUAACAUAGCAAGACUGCUUAUCA